CAUUAAUUAACCUUUUUGUUUGACCAUCUCUUCUUUGCUUCUUUUCCUUUCUCAAAAACAUAAUAAACAGAGGAGAACAAGCAGAAGAGGGGGGAUUAAUGUUCUUGAUCAAUAAAAAUAAAUAAAGAUGCUGAGGUUUUUCAUCCUUUUCUCCUUUUUCAUACACUCUUGUGUUGCGGCUCCCAAAACUCCUGCUGCUUCCGCUGCUGUUCCUGCCAAGAAAUGGCUCACCCUUAACGGACAAGAGCCUGCGGUUGUGGCCAGAGGUGGCUUUUCAGGACUUUUCCCCGAGUCAAGCGCCUCUGCAAAUGACUUGGCUAUCAGCACCAGCUCGCCUGGCCUUACAAUGUUGUGCAACCUUCAGAUGACUAAAGACGGUGUGGGCAUUUGCUUGUCUGAUAUCAGGCUUGACAAUGCAACCACCAUCUCCACGCUCUUCCCCAAAGCCCAAAAGACCUACACGGUCAAUGGCGAGGACCUUAAGGGCUGGUUUGCCCUUGACUACUCUGCCGACACCAUCUUCUCCAAUGUCUCAUUGGUCCAAAACAUCUUCUCUCGGCCUAGCAUCUUUGACGGCCAGAUGCCGGUUUCUGCUGUGGAAGACGUCCUUGGAACCAAGCCGCCCAAGUUCUGGUUGAGCGUUCAGUAUGACACCUUCUACAUGGAACACAAGCUGAGCGCAGCUGAGUACCUGAGAACCUUAGGAUUGCGCGGCAUUAGUGUCAUUUCAUCUCCGGAGAUCGGUUUUUUGAAGAGCAUUGGGAUGGAUGCAGGCAGGGCCAAGACAAAGCUCAUAUUUGAGUUCAAAGACCCUGAGGCAAUGGAGCCCACCACCAACAAGAAGUACAGCGAGAUUCUGCAGAACCUCGCAGCCAUCAAGGCCUUUGCUUCAGGCAUUGUUGUCCCUAAAGACUACAUUUGGCCCCUUGACACAGCUAAGUACCUAAAGCCCGCCUCCACCAUUGUGGCUGAUGCUCACAAAGCUGGUCUAGAGGUCUACGCUUCUGGAUUUGCCAAUGACAUGCAGACCAGCUUCAACUACAGCUAUGAUCCUUCCGCUGAGUAUCUCCAGUUUGUGGACAAUGGCCAGUUCUCUGUUGAUGGCGUCAUCACCGAUUUCCCGCCAACAGCAUCACAAGCCAUCUCUUGCUUUUCUCACCAAAAGGGAAAUCUCCCCAAAGCAGGGCAUGCGUUGGUCAUAACUCACAAUGGAGCAAGUGGAGAUUAUCCAGGCUGCACCGAUCUGGCUUAUCAAAAGGCAGUUGAUGAUGGAGCAGAUGUGAUCGACUGUUCUGUUCAGAUGUCCAAAGAUGGAAUGGCUUUCUGCCUUGACUCUGCAGACCUCACAGCAAACACCAAUGCCAUGACCACUUUCAUGUCUCGAGCCACCAGCGUUCCUGAGAUCCAGCCUACCAAUGCCAUUUUCUCUUUUGAUCUCACCUGGGCCGAGAUCCAGUCUCUAAAGCCUCAAAUCCAGAGUCCCUUCUCAGCUUCUGGGGGAUUCCAGAGAAACCCAGCAAACAAGAAUGCCGGGAAGUUCAUGACUCUCGCUGACUUCCUUGAGUUCGGCAAAGCAAAGGCAGUCACCGGAAACGCUGCUUAUUUAGCAUCAAAGAAAGGUUUAGGAAUCGUAGAUGCGGUCAAGUCCGCUGUCACUAAUUCGACAUUGGACAAGCAAUCAACCCAAAAGGUUUUGAUUCAGUCAGACGACAGUUCUGUUCUGUCCAGUUUUGAGGCUGUCCCUCCGUACACUAGAGUCUUGAGCAUUGGCAAGGAAAUCGGAGAUGCUCCCAAGCCAUCUGUUGAAGAAAUCAAGAAGCAUGCAGAUGCUGUCAAUCUCAAGAGAAGUUCCCUCGUCACCAUCUCCCAAAGCUUUGCCACAGGGAAGACCAACGUGGUGGAGGAAAUGCACAAGGGAAAUAUCUCUGUCUACGUCUCAGUGCUAAGAAACGAGUUCGUCUCCAUAGCGUUUGACUACUUCUCCGAUCCUACGAUAGAGCUUGCCACAUUCAUUGCAGGAAAUGGCGUUGAUGGAGUCAUCACAGAGUUCCCUGCCACUGCUACCAGAUACUUGAGGAGUCCAUGCUCGGAUUUGAACAAAAACCAGCCCUAUGCCAUCUUGCCUGCAGAGGCCGGCGCUCUACUUUCCGUGGCAGAAAAGGAAGCGCAACCACCAGCUAGUGCCCCGAACCCACCUCUUGACACCAAAGACGUGAUUGAUCCGCCUCUGCCUCCGGUUGCAAAGUUGGCCUCCACCAAUGCAACUGGAGAAGCUCCGCCACAUGGCCCUGCUCGUUCAGGCGCAGUUGCCACCGCUGCUAAUCUCGGCCUUUCUUUGUUGGCGAUGCUGGCCUUGGGACUACUCUGUAAUAUCUAAGAAAGAUUGAUCAACACUGUAUAACUUCAUAGGUUGUAUAAUAUGUUCGCCCUCUGCAUCUUCAAAACUAACACAAUUUGAGUUAUCUAUGUUUUAUUCAUGUUAACCAAAAUAUGCAUCAAACUCUGUUUUGUUGUUAUAGAUCAAACAUCAAAGCUCUAAAGAAACUUUGUUUGUUUGUCAUAGAGAAUGUUUGAUUUCGGUAGAGAUUUUGAAUCUUGAUAAUCGCUUAUAUUCUAUUUUAAAAACUUCUCCA